CGCACACACAAGAACCGCGGCGCGAGGCGCGACAAAUACGCGUGGGAAGAUGCAGGCGGCGGUUACGCGAGUUUUCCCCACAUUAUCGCUAUCCGGGAUCGCGGAGAGACCCUCGAGGACGCGCCGCGCCAAGCCUCCGCACGGGAGUUUAAUGGUAACGGCAACUGCUGCUGGACCGGGAUUCGAGAGCGGCCCUGUGAAUAUCGGGCGCGUCGUCUGCCGCCGCGCGGCGCCGCUCGCGGACGGAUACGAACGUGCGUUACACGCAUGGCGCCAUGGACGGGUGGACGAUGCCCAAAACGCCUUCGAGGCACACCUCGCGAGCGCGCCCCACGACGUCAAGGCGUGGAUAAGUUACGCGCAGAUGGUCAAGCGGCCGAGGGGAGGCGAGGAGGUCGUGUCGAGGCUCCAGCCCGGCAUGGUCGCCUCAACCGACGUCUCUGUGAGCAGGGAGAGCGUCUUCCGCGCGAGGAGGGUGCUGCAUCGGGCCAUCGCCGCGCUCGGUGACAACUCCGCAAAGGCCAACGUCCUUCAGACCCUCGGUUUACUGGAGCUGACGCACGGCAACGAAACCUACGGCAGCGCGCUCCUCGAGUUUUGCGUGGGUCAGAGCGGAGGCGCGCUCGCUCCCGUGCUGAGGUGGCACAGGGUCAGAGCCGCGCGGCGUUCGGUGGUGGCGGCGAGUGGAGGAGGAGGAGGGGGCGUCGGGAGGUUACGCCGCGCGAGAGAGAACGUCCAGACGCGGGUCCUCCUCCCCGGGGCGUUCAUGAGGGAGGAUACGCCCGAGGCUUGAGGUUGCGCGAGGCGGCGAGGUUGCUCUCGGUGUACUUUUACUCCAUCGGCGCGUUGAAUUGAUUCGAAACGCUAAUAACCAGCCAAUCGCUAAUAACCAGCC